UCUGCGAUGAUGUGGUUCUUCUUCUCUAGUCUGUACAUGUGGUUUUUCCUACAAGUAGGGAAUCGAUCGUUUAUUAGAUUUGCAGUCUUCAUCCAAACACAACCCACGUUGCCCCUUGGAUUAAGCCGAACGCCAUUAGCUAUGGCUUCUGCUGAAGGAGGCGACAAGUACCGGUCGUUCCUGCACGGCGACGGCGAGAAGAACACCGUGUGGAGGCAUGGAUUCCCUCCCAACUACGACCUGGUGAACAAGCUCUUCGAGGAAGAGCGGACCAAGGAAUGGCCGGAGGGGUCUCUGGAGGAGAAGGUGCAGCGCCUGCUCAAGAGCUGGGAGAUGGAGAUGGUCCACAAGGUGCGCCCCGAGGACCAGAAGAGCGUCCACCCCAAGAAUUACUCCGCGAGCACCAACGGGCUGAAGCCUCUGACGCGGGAGGAGGUGGCGGCCAUCGGCGGCUACAACGCGUUCCUGGCGACCACCCUGCCGCCGGAGCACCGCAUCUACGACUCCGGCAUGUCGACGUUCCUCACGGCGUUCCCCAGGGGCUUCGCCAUCGAGGUGCUGGACGUGUACAGCGGCCCGCCGAGGGUCGCCUUCAAGUUCCGGCACUGGGGCUACAUGGAGGGCCCGUUCAAGGGGCACCCCCCACACGGCCAGCGCGUCGAGUUCUUUGGGGUCUGCGUCUUCCAUGUUAACGAGCACACGAGGGUGGAGAAGGCGGAGUACUUCUACGAGCGUGGCAACUUCCUCGCGGGCUUCUUGAGCUCGCCCGCUGCUGCUGCUGCAUCGGCUUCAGGUUGCCCUGUGAUGAGAGCAAACUAAAGUGCGGCCAAAUUGACGAAACAUGUCACUACUAGUGUCACUGUACUGAUCGGAUUUGGCUUUGUCCCAUGCUGUGGCAGGAAAUAUCUAAAUAAAAGAAAAAAAACAACACUAAUAGAAACAUCUUUGAUCUAUGGACUAUUCUAAGUUUACGCCC